AUGUAUCAGGGAGAAUGUUAUCAUGACAGUGAUAGUAGGGUACUUGUUGGGACAUGGACUAUGGAUGAGAUCAGAAAGGCAGUAGAGAAAGGGUACAUUGUAUUGGACAUGUAUGAGUUGUGGGAGUACCAGGUAGCGACUUAUGAAAAUGGGGGUUUGUUCACCGAUUUUAUUAAUAAAUUUCUUAAGAUGAAACAGGAAGCUUCGGGCUAUCCAGAAUGGUGCAAAACCGAGGAAGAUAAAAAUAAGUAUAUUGCAGAGUAUUUGGGACACGAGGGAAUUAAGUUGGAAAAAGAUAAAAUUGUUAAGAAUGGGGGUUUGAGAUCUUUGGCAAAAUUAAUGCUAAAUAGUUUUUGGGGAAAAUUUGGUCAGAGAGAGAAUCAGACUAAAGCUACGAUUGUUAGGGAUCCUAAAACCCUAUUUCAAAUGUUCUCUAGCCCAGAAAUUAAAGUAAACAGACUUCAGAUUGUUAAUGACGAGGUUGUGGUUGUGUCAUGGGAAUAUUUAGAGGAGGUUGGUGAACCUCUUAGUAACAUAAACGUUUGUAUCGCGGCCUACACUACCUCGCAGGCGAGACUCAAGCUCUAUGAACACCUUGAGGCUCUAGGAGCUCAAGUAUUAUAUUAUGAUACUGACAGUGUUGUUUACAUACUUGGAAACGGUCUUUAUAGGGUGUCUACAGGAGAUUACCUCGGUGAAAUGACUGACGAAUUAGUAGAGUAUGGACCUGGCUCUUAUAUUACUGAGUUUGUCUCUGGGGGGCCUAAAACUUACGCAUACCUUGUCUGGUCAACCAAUCAACAAAACUUGAUCCCCGUAUGUAAAAUCAAGGGCCUCACCCUUAACUUUAAAACAUCAAAAGUUGUAAAUUUUGAAAAAUUAAAAGAGAUAGUUUUGAGUGAAGCAAAACAGACUGUUGAAAUUGAAGAAAGUAGAAUCAGAAGGACUAGAGACAGAGACAUCGUCACCAUCACUGAGAGCAAAGUGUUCCAAAUAACUGGUCCUAAAAGAAGGUACGAAGGUCAAUACGACACUCUACCUUUUGGCUACAGAAAAUCCAAAGGGCCACAUAAAUUGUAUUGUAAAUUGUAA